CAUUACAACCGGUCAGUAUGGUAGCUGUCUAGCUAAAGUGAGCUAGCUACUCCGCUGUUGACAGCCGGGAGCAUCUGUGAAUGAAGAUCGUACCUCUCAAUGCGUCUCACUCAUUCGCGAUGGAGCAAACAGACACGGAGGAUGCUGAAGCUGUUCGGUGUGCUAGUUAUCCUCGGAUUGGCCCUAGCGUGUAUCACCUCCUGGGUGCUGGAGAGCUAUGACACGGCUUGGCACCCCAAACGGAGUGUCCGACGUCCAACGACCAGUGAUGAAGCUGAAACUAAAGGAAGUCUUCCACCGUUUCCAGGCGGCGAAUUGAAUAAUAUAUUCUGGUUUAUACAGGUGUCUGACAUUCAUAUUAGCCGCUUCCAUGACCCAAGACGCAUUCCAGAUUUUGAAAAGUUCUGCACUGACACUGUCGAAGUCAUCAAACCGGCUCUUGUUCUUGCAACAGGAGAUCUGACGGAUGCUAAAACGGAAAGCAAGGUUGGUUCCCUUCAGCAUGAAGUAGAGUGGCAGGCCUACCACAACGUCCUGAAGAGGUCCCGUGUGAUGGAGCGCACCAGGUGGAUCGAUAUCCGUGGAAACCAUGAUGCCUUCAACAUAAUUUCACUAGACAGUGUCAACAACUAUUACAGGAAGUACUCAGCUAAUCAGAAAGUAGGCUCCUUUCACUACAUCCACAAGACUCCCUUUGGCAACUAUUCCUUUGUCUGCACUGACGCCACCCUCACACCUGGGCCCAAGAGGCCAUACAACUUCUUUGGCAUUCUGAACCAGACUCAAAUGGACUUGCUGGCUUCCUUCAGGGCGGAGAGUCACAGCAGCAACCAGUCCAUCUGGUUUGGCCAUUACACCACCUCCACAGUCAUCUCCCCUUCUCCCGGAGUUCGAGAGAUGAUGAGCUCUGCUGUUGCCUACCUGUGUGGCCACCUGCACACUCUGGGGGGCCUGAUGCCAGUCCUCCACAGCCGACAUCCCCAAGGCACGCUGGAGCUGGAGCUGGGCGACUGGAUGGACAACCGGAGAUACAGAGUACUGGCCUUUGACCAUGACAUGCUGAGUUUCUCUGACCUGACGUUUGAACGGUGGCCUGCGGUCCUGAUCACCAACCCCAAGGAGUCACAGUACCUUCACCCCGGAGUGGAGCCCCUGGGGCGAAUGCGGAGAUCAACGCACAUCAGGAUUCUAGCCUUCUCUGAAGCUUCAAUCACAGCGGUACAUGUCAGCGUGGAUGGUGAACUGUUGGGCAUGGGCCGUUCUGCAGGGGGCCCUCUGUAUGUGGUGCUCUGGGACCCUUCUCUUUACCUCACAGGGCUGCACACCAUCCGGGUAAAAGUGGAGGACUCAGCAGGACGGUCAACUGUGCGAGAUCAGCAGUUCACCCUGGAGGAGGACCUGUCGCCUAGCUUUGGCUUCAUGCAGUCCUUCAUCCUCCUCACAGACCACUACAUCCUGGGUCGUGUGGUCUUUGUCAUCAUUAUGCUGGUGAACGUUGGUGCACUGUUGGUCUUCAGGUUCCUGCGUGUUCCCUCUGGCAGAGCGUCUACAGGUUGGAUCCCUCAAGCACUCAUGUCCCUCCACCUGGUCAGUAAAAUGGACACCUUCUACUACUCUCUGCUGCUCUUCAACCUGUGCACAGCCUUAGGCCCGUGGUUUAUAGGAGAGCUCAUUGAUGGCCACAGUGGUGCCUGCUUCGCCUUUGGGGUGUUCAUCGAUGGUCACUUCCUGGAAGGCAGUCUCACUUAUGUUGUUGGAGUCAUUCAACUUCUGUUCUUUAACACGCCCCUCACCUGUUACCUUUGCUGGAGCCUACACCAGCGUUGCCGUGGCAACACCUUCCGAUCCCACCUCCUUCGGCCGGGCUGCCGCUGGCGGACUCUGUUGGUUCACCUCUCCAUGCUACUGCUGCUCACCUGGCAGGCCUACUCCUGCUACUUCCUCCUGGAGACCUACGGCCCGCUGGCAUUCUUCCUGUCUCCGGUUCGCACAUGGGCAUUGGGGCUCAGCCUGCUAUUGGCUUACCGCGCCUGGAUGGGCCCCGCCCCCCAUCUCCGUGACAACAGCAAGAGCAGCGCUCCUUCUUGACAGUAACCACACUGUGCCGCAGCGGCUUCCUUAAGCCGGUCUUACGGUCGCAUUUUGCCAUUUCUGUCCAUCCAUAACACCCUCCGACAGUGUUUCCUCACACAUCCACCCCCCCGCCUCUCUCUCACUCUUCCCUCCGUAGCCACUUUAUACCAGCCACUAUCCUGUUUAUAGUUAAAUAUCAUUUGUUAUGCAUGUUAUGCUAGUGCACACAUUAGCACAUUUUGGGGCAUAUUCAUAGUGAUGUGUACAGUGUAAAAAAAGAAAAUGACAGGGAUACAUGGAGGUUCAAUAGCCUACAUCAGCCAUGAGAGGACUAGUCCAGUGUAUGUUUCGGCAGACAGUAUAUGAGAAUUGUAUUACGCUGUGGUUGUAAAGGAAUAUUCGUUUAUAUUUAAGCUGACACAUUACCAUGAGCAUUUAGCACUUUUUGGAAGUGUUGCCUUGGCCAACUGCCACCUCACCACUGCCAAAGGAUGAAUUUAGCAAAAUAAUGGUUUACUCUUCCCUUAAACCCACUUAUUGACUGCAAAGGCCAGAUGUGCCAAACCAACCCUCACGUUUACCUUCUUAUACGUAAUACUUUUGGAUGAACAGGGAGCAUAUUCUACUUUAUAUGGACGCCCCCCUCUCAGACCAAACCUCCUGGGAUUGUGCGGGUGUCGCUGUGGUGAAAACGAAAUGCGGUACAAAGCCUAAACAGCGUUCCGAUAUUUUGAUGAUGUACUGUCAAUCCACACAUGGCACAGGAAAUGUGUCAUCAAUCAAAGUAGUGGGUUAAAUCCCGUAUCAGUUAGUUGAUAAGCGAGAGCGUUUUUGUCAAUGAAAUUUCCCUUGCACAUAACUGAACUGUCACUAAUCACAUCAGAAUGACCUCUAUGAGAACACAAAGAAUCUGCAUUUACUUUACCCACAUACCGUUUCCUGCAGUUAUUGAAUUC